GUGUCAGACCAGUUCGGCUCAGUCCCCGGGCUGCAGCUGCCGGUGAUGCAGCGAAAGCGCCACGGGAAGCGCUCGCCAGCGCUGGCUCCGCAGAAGAGAGAAAGGUCUUCCCGUCAUUCCCUGCGCGAAAGCGAAGGCUCCAGGGACUCGCGCCGGCAGUCAACCGCGUCCCCUCUCUCCUCCCAGGACACCGUAGGCCGCGGUUGCCAUGGGGACCUAAAGUCGACUCCCAUGCCUUGGCCGCCGGCUACCCUGUCCCGGGUGUUCGCCGAGCUGGCGCCGCUAGCCGAGAGGGGCCGGGAUGGCUUCUUGGGCGCCGCUGGGGAGACGAUGCCGAACCUCGGCAGCCACUUGCCUUUAUGCGCGUCCGCGGCACCGGUACCGGCCCAGAAUCCGGCCCGCGAGGUGCACGUGAGCGGCUCGGCGCAGAUGUCCUGCGGCCCUGACCGGGCGCUGGUUACGGUGAAGGUCAGCAGCACCAAAAGCUCGGCGGCUGAGGCCAAGAACAGUGUGGGCCGCCGCCUGGACUACAUCAUGCAGAACCUGCAGAAGCCGGGCAUCCAGGCAGAAAAUAUAACUGUGACAAAGGAUUUUAGUAGAGUAGAAAAUGCUUAUCACAUGGAAGCAGAGGUCUGCAUUACAUUCACUGAAUUCGGAAAAAUGCAAGAUGUUUGUAACCUUCUUGUUGAAAAGCUAGAUAAUUCUGUUAUCAUCAGUCCUCCUCAUUUUUACCAUACACCAGGAGCUACUGAGAAUCUUAGACGUCAGGUUUGUCUCUGUGCUGUUGGGAACGCAUGGCGAAAAGCUCAAGAAGUAUGUCAGCUUGUUGGCCAGUCUCUUGGAAAACCUCUAUUAAUCAAAGAAGAGGAAACGAAAGAAUGGGAAGGUCAGAUAGACAAUCAGCAGUUAUCUGACCUAGCAGGUUCACUAAGCAUACAACAGAAAAUCCAAAGUGCAACUAUAUAUGCUUCUUCCAGGGUAUUUUUAAACUUUGAGGUUAAGAAAAAGGAAAAGAAAAAAAAAGUGAUUUAAAAUUCUUUAUAACCAAGCAUUUUUCGUUUUUGUAUCUUUGUAUCUAAUUGCCCAAAACCAUGAUUAAAUUUGUAUAAUUUUUA